CGACCUUCGUUACACACAAAAAGGAUCAGCAAAAACAACUUCACGACUUCUAUGGCCAUCUAGUUGGUUAUUCUUCCUUCAACUUUUCAGUUCACUACAACUAGAUUUCUUGUUUGGGGAAGAUGUUCAAUAUGAAAAUUUUACUUCUCGCUGUUCUUGGUGUACUUCUGAGUUCAGUUGCAUCAGCACCUUCAGAAUAUCCAACAUGUUACGAUAAAGUUUGCCCACCAUCAACUACAGGCUGUUCGAAACAACGUCUAACAACAGAUGAUAACAAAUACCUCGACACAAUUGUCAUAUGUUGGCAUAAAAAAGAUGAAGUUCAAAAACAUACGGACAGAAUACUGAAUCCCUAUGGUGGUCCUGUUGAAGAUUUUGAAACGUCUGCUUCAUUUAAAAUAGGAAAAGGAGGAAUAUGGAUACCCGAAUUUGUCAACGCAACGAUAUACAAUUGAGGAAGAAAUAGCAUUCUGAAGUUUUUAGUGUCUAAUUCAAUAUUCUGUUGAACAUUGUUUAAUUAUUAUGUAUGUGUUAUACUUUUUCUAUUUCUCAUAUACUCUGAAAGAGGGCGUUGUGUGUUUUGCAUCACGUCAAUAUUCUAUGAGCAUCUGAUUUGUGAUCGCAGUUCAUAAUUUAGUGUUAUUUCAGCUAAAUAUAUAUAAUUAUUAAUCGAA